CCUCAUUUUAAACUCUUUGGUAACAUAACGUGUUUAAAUGAAAAAUCAAAUUAAAAACACUUUGAUUCCUACCGUUUGUUUUCAAUAUUCAAAUCCCACUUCCCAUUUUGUUCUUUUAGUUUUUUCUAUUUAGCUAUAAAAUAAAAAACUUUCAAAAAAAAAUUCAUAACUUGUGUAUAAAUACCAAUCUUCCAAUCAAGAACCUGAUCUUCAAGCCUCCCUUUUUGCAUUGAGUCCUCAAUGGUACUCUUGGUAGAAAGGCAGCAGCCUAAAUCCUUAUCAGCUUCUCUACAGGCGUUUCGAUAUGAUGUUUCGCUUUGUAUGACCCAUCAAUUGUUAUUUAAUUCGAAAGCUCCUGGAUUGGAAACCCUGACCCUGGAAUGGAUUCAGAAAUGUUUUCAGGUGCUGCCCAUGAUCAACAAAGCUUUUACAAAGCUAGUUGUGGAGAUUGAUUACCCUGUGAGUAAAUGGAAGGCCAAGACAAUGGAAGAAUAUCUAAACUAUAGUCUAAACUCGCUGGAUAUUCUCAACUCCUUUACCUCUGCUCUUUCUCAUUUUGGACAUGCUCGGCUUUCUUUAUCUCUUGCUCUGAGCCUUGUGGAAAGUUCACCUUCGUUGGCGAUGAAGCGUCUGAAGAUGAUCGAGUUCAAGAGUUUCAGAAAAGAGUUCGGAGUUCAAGAAAACAAAGAAGAUGACAAAGGAAGAUCUUGCUCAGACAAGGAAAAGGUUGUCCAACAAGCUUUGAUGGAAUUAAGGAGCACAGGAUUCUGGGUGUGCAGUGUGGUUUUGGCAGGAUUGUGUGGUGAUGAUAGGGCUUAUUUGAAGAUGAGAAGAUCAGCUGGGGCAUUAUCAAACCCUGCUUUGAUCAAUUUGGAUUCAAUGAUUUAUGGAAUUCUAAUGGAGAAAAGAUGUGUUCUGAAGGAGGUCAUAGAGCUAAAAGAUUCAGCUGACUGCCUUGAGGCAGCCAUAGCCGGAAAACACAGCAGUGAUGCAGCAGAGGAGAUGCAGAGAAAAUUGGAGGAGUUUGAGAAGUUGCUGGAUGGAUUAGGGAAGGAAGUGAACUGUCUCUUCUCCGAGUUAUUGGCUGCAAGAAAUGAAUUGCUUAAUGGUAUUCGGACUCAGAAACCAUAAGAACAAGAUCAUAGGUUUCUAGUUUUGAUUUGUUAAACUCUGAAUAGAUUGUAUACUGCAGCUUUUUCAUUA